AUGCGCUUCUCCUGGGGACUCGCCGUUGGCGCUCUAAGCGCCCUGCUCUCAUCCGUUGGAGCUACGGACCUGCCCCAGACUCCCGAUCCUGCUAUUACACAGGCCCCAGUGCCUUCGAGCAACUGGACCGCCCAUGUCAAUGUUAUUAGCAACGCUGUCAACCCGGACGCGGCGAGGUGUGGAGGAUGUUGCACAGUCUAUGUCAAUUCGACCUUCAGAGAGACAACGAUUAUCUAUGAGACAAAGACAGUUCCAACCACUAUCACAGAAACGUGUACAACGACGAUCAAGGUGCCCACGACGGUCACAGUCAAGGUCCCAACGACAGUUAUAGUCAAGGUCCCAACUACUGUCGGUGUUACUGUGGGUGUGCCAACGACUGUCAACAAGCCUACGACAAUCAAGGCCACUACCACUUAUACCACAACGUACACAACGUCCUAUCCUGUCACAACAACCAAAACUGUCAACUGUCGCCCUGGUUCGACCUCGUCUUCUCCAUCCUACCCAACGAAUGUCUAUGGCAGGACACCACCGCAGCCGAUCUGUGAUACCAUCACCACGACAGUGUGGACGACAACGACAACCACGGAGCUGCUUUACACCACCGUACCCACCACAAUCGUGGUUCCAACCACUAUUGACAACACCGUCCAAGUUCCAACGACGGUCGACAAUACCGUCCAAGUUCCAACUACGAUCGACAACACCGUCCAGGUUCCAACUACGAUCGACAACACCAUCACUAUCCCGACCACAAUUGACAGAACUUCGUAUAUUACGAAGACAACCGCCACUCCAACCACGGUCUGGCAAACGACCACUUUCACGGAGACGGUCGAGCGCACAGCAACGGUCACUAGUGGAACCACCAUAUUCACCACUGAAUACAGAACUGUCACGAGUAGUUAUCCAGUCGUCUCAUGGGCGACAUCGUACAUCACAGAGACGUUCAGGACAACCCUUCCUGGUCAGGUCACCACGCUCCCUGGAACGACGAGCAUCACUACAUAUACAGUGACGGCGGAUGGCACAACGAGCGUUGUCACAUCGACGGUUACUCUUCCAGCGUCUACCGUCACUCUUCCAGGGUCAGUCACAACACUUCCAGGCCAGGUUACAACGCUUCCUGGAACGACAAGUGUCACAACGCUUACAGUGACGGCCGAUGGGACGACGAGCGUCAUUACAUCCACGAUUACUCUUCCUGCCUCCACAUUCACGCUUCCUGCUUCGACAGUCACUCUUCCUGGCCAGGUAACAACGCUUCCAGGCCAGACUGUCACUGCGCCCGGUGCCACCAUCACUGCUCCCGCACAGACAAUCACUCUUCCGGGUGAGGUGACAACACUGCCCGGUUCCACGGUGGUAACCACAGCCACGGUUUUGGGACCUGAGAGGACGAUCACCGUGACAAGAGAUGGCUCGACAAUUAUUAGCACUGUGCCUGGCCCAACCUCCUAUGUGCCGACAACCAUCACGAUCCCCCCUGUUACAGUAACCGUUCCACCGAGCACAUUGACCGUUACAACCAUCACUUCUGUCACCCUCUGCCCAGCCCCGACUGCCACUCUCGCAUCAACAUUCCAGGCCAAGUCCAAAUUGACAUUUGGGUGCAAGCCAGGAUAUGUCUGCAACCCCAAGAAGCCGGAUACCUGUAAUUUCUGGCCCGCACCUCCGCAAAACGAUUACACGUGCGCCUACGAGGACUGCAUUCCGUCCCCUCCUAUCAAGAAUGUGACCUGGGAGGGUAACCAGACUGGCUACUAUCCCCCGCAAUUUGGCUACUUCAACUUGAACCCCAACGCCUUCGGACUCUCUUAUGAUAUUUUCGAGGCCGAGGUUAUUGUAAAGGAGAAGCAUGGCAAGCUCGUGACCAUAACCACUGGUAACUGGGAAUCUCAAACAUCCAUCUCCACCUUUGAACGGUCAACCUCGACAGCCGUCCCUGUCGUCCGCAGGAGACUGGACAAGCGUGCAUUCAGCACUGCUCCUGCAGUUUGCUACAGCACUUGCAACAACGCAUACAUCCUGGCGUCGUCUCUUGGCAAGAAUGAUGAACUGUGCGAUCCAAAUGGCGACUUCACGGCUGGCUACAAUGCCUGUAUCAAGUGUAUCGAGGAUAACAUCGGAGAAUCCCAGACUACCCCCAGAGAAAUCGUGGACCCUGAAUUUAAUCCCAACAAGCAGCGGAGGCUUUUCUGCCAUCACCAGCACCGAAACAACUUCUUCAAGCUCGGCUUCGUCAUCAGCAAGCAGCGCUUCUUCAACAGCGUCCACUUCAGAGCCAACCUCGACAAUUGCUACAUCCACUUCCUCAGCAAGUCAGACAAGUGA